UGGAGUUCCUUCAUGUUUUACGAUCCGAUAAGUGAAAUUAUAAUUCUUUGUACCAUUCAGGUCAGGUGAUUUUUCGUCAUCGGUUCUAGGAACUGCUAAGUCUUUCGGUUAAACUUGCAGGCUGUGUCGGCUGGAAAUUGCAGAACGCUCUGCGGAAGUUGCAAUAUCUGAUGAAAAUUCCCGGGGAACUUCGAAAACGAUUUGUCUAUGUUAAUCUCACACGAUAGCAUAACUAAAUGGUGACGAAAGUUUUUCUGUUCAAACUUGAACUUCCACGGACUAACGUGUGAUAAUCGAUCGCUGCUUUGGGCUCGAGCUGUUAAAACAACUUUUUAAAUUGGCAAACAUGGGCUCAUCUGAUGCAGAGGAGAGUAAUUCCAUGUCAGAGUACAACUCUGCAGAUGAUAACUGCUUUGAGUUCAGGAUAUUGAUGGCCUACGCGGAAAGGUCUUUGUUGGCGGAUGGAGGGUGGAAAAAUAAAUUGGCGUUAUCCGCAAUGGACAAAAGGGAGGCAAACCAGUCUUCAAGUAAAGGGGACAAGCUGAAUCCGGCACACAACGUUAGUCCGAAUGGUCAUUCGAAGGACUCCACUUUAAUCCAGUCUGAUCAGAAACAGAAGAAUCCCGUUCGCAAAAGAAAAAGGAAACUCAAGUGGAGAAGAUGGGUUCCAAGGUGUUUACGAGUAGAAACAUCAAAGUACGAUGGAGAAGUGUAUGGAGAGAGUGAAGGCGCUGAUGUGGCAUUAAGAACCCCAUGCGAAAUUGUUCUUCCUGAACCAGCACGUGAUUCAGAAGUGAACCCUCAUAAAGUUGCUGAAAUCCUGCAAAAUGUUAUGAACACGACAACUUCUUUUCGGAUGUUGCGUUUUUCCAGUGUGGAAGUGGAUGCACCAGAAGAUGAUCUGAAAACCAUAGACCAAAUUGUCGAGUUCUUGACUGCCAGAGGGGAUUCUAUUGAUGAAAAAAUUAAGAAAGACCCCCAAUUUGCCAAACUGUUUGGUGAAAAGUCAACUUUCUCAUUUUUCAAGAAAGUAAUGGAUUGUGCUCUUCAAGUCACCUUACCUGAGGAAAUUAAUUCAGAAGCAGAGUAUGAAUCGAAAGAAAACUUGAACAAAUUUGCUUUUGUUGUACAUGCAACUACUAAGUUUGCUGUUGGUGGCAACCACCCAAUGACACGGAUCAUGGGCUUUGGAACAAAGUACUUGCAGGAAAACUUCUCAACUUGGGUCAAGAAGAAAGGAGGAUGGGAGAAUAUAAUUGAAGAGGAGUACAUUGACUGAAGCUCAAACAUGAAAAGCACCCAGAAAGGAUGGUGCUGCCUUGUACUUCACCGGAAUUGCUGUUUGUAACAGGAGCUCGUAAUGAUCACAGAAUCAAGAUAUAGAAAUUCUAAUUGCACUGAUUCAACUCUGUGUGUUGGGAUGCCUGGAAGACUUUCUGGAAUCUCACCAAAACGGAUAUUUUUGGUACAAUGAAAGUUCACGGAUAAUAUUUUGAAAGAACAUGCCUGUAAUCCAUUUGGCUCUUAUUGUGUGAAUUAGAAGUGUAGCCUGGGAGUGCACCAAAUGCUUUGCUAAAAUUAAUAAAUUGCAAAGAGCAGUUAUUGUGUGUGUGUGUGUGUGUGUGUGUGUGUGUGUGUCUGUCUGUCUGUCUACAGUGAUGGGACCAAGGAGAAUGUGCCAAUGGUGAAAAAAGCACUUUCUGACCUGUGAUUUUAUCAUUGGGAAAAGUUCCUGAAACAAUCGGCUUAAGAUGGUGCCAAUCCUGAAAUUAUAUUUUGAGCAUUUAGUUGUAGUCCGGUUUAGAGAAUAAUCAGAUCUUUUCCUGAUUAAAUUAGAAUUUUGCAUUUUUGAAAUGAACUGUAUUUGCAAGAUUAGUCCAUCUGAAAGCAGUCUAAAUCUUUAGGAGUGCAAUCCCUGCCUAAUAUAAAAACUCAACAGUGAAUGAACAGAGGUAGAAACUUCCAGUUCUGUGAUACUUCAGAGGAAAACCUGGUCUUGGUGUGAUGUGAAUAUGAAAAGAAAUGAAGCUGAACGAUACCUUACGGGUUAAUUUGGAAUGGUGGGGUGAGUUUCCUGUUGCCUUAUCUGAUUCCAACGGCUUCAAUUCUAAAUUGUGGGGGCAAGGAACACUGACUGAAAGCAGGGUAUUUAUCUUGUGUAAAUGUUGGGAUCAGGUCCAAAAAUUGUCAUUGUACCUCAAUGGGGAGUUACAAUGAUUUUCCAACCAGGUUAAAACAGUUUAGAGGCUGGGAAUGAAGCCUGAGCAGUAAGUUAUUUCUUUAUCUGGCCCAGAGGAUCAGGAGUUCUCAUCAUCUCAUUCCGCUUAAUUCCUAGAUUUCCCCCCCAUCCCCCAACUGAUGUUGAAAUUGGCCAGAUUUUGGCAAUAAUUAAAGGGUAUGAUGACAUUAUAAUGGAUACAAUGGGAGACAAGCAAAGAUCUGGACCAGCUGGGACUUCACUGACACAGUCUCACCAGAAAUGUGGGCUUUUAAACAUCAGUUGACGUACAUUGGAAUUUCUAUUCGUAUUGCUAUCACUAGAAUAUUUCGUAAAAUAGAGCCAUACAAAAUGCAGCUUCCUUUUUCAAGUAGACAGAGUAGUUAAAUGUUUCUUUUUGUGUAUAUCCAUUUGCUGUUAUUUUAUGAUACCAGAAUUACAGAGUCUUUCUGGCAAUUUUCUAAUUCCAUCAGAACAAUGAAUUCUCUGAAUCAGAACCAGAGCUGGGUUUAAUAUCACCAGCAAGUGUCACGAGAUUUCUUGCUUUCCAGCUGCAAUACAUGAUCUAUAAAUUACAGUAAGGAAUGAGAGUAUGUACGUGUCUAUGCAAAGCAACAAAUCUCACAACAUAUGCCAGUGAUAUUAAACCUGAUUCUAGGUUUCUGAUUGCAGAGGGGAAGAAGCUGUUCCUGAAAUGCUCAACAUGUAUCUUCAAGUUCUUGUACCUCUUGCCUGAUGGUAGCAAUGAGAAAGGGAUGCCUCCUGGGUGAUGGGGGAUGCAACCUUUUUGAAGCAUCUCCUUUUGAAGGUGUCUUCGAUGCUGGGGAGGCUAGUGCCUGUCUUGGAGCUGACUGAGUUUACAGCUUUCUGCAACUUUUCCCCAAAGGUGAUUUAACCAGGUAGAAUGCACUACACAGUACAUCUGUAGAAAUUUGCAAGUGUCUUUGGUGACAAACGAAUUCUCCUCAAACUCCUAAUGAAAUAUAGCUGUUCUCAUGCCUUCUUUGUAAUUGCAUCUGUAGAGUCUUUCUGGAAAUAUUAGACAUUCUUCAGAACAAUGAAUUCUUCUAUCUUCAUUAUUUAUGAAAUGUAAAUAUGGAAAAUGUGUAGCAUAAUUAUUGCAAAUUUAAAUUUAUAGAUAAAUGUGAAAAGCCUUUUGUAAUUGAGAUCAUGAAUCUUGAAAAUGUUUACAAGUUAUUAAUUUUCAUCCAAAGUUGUGAAAAAUAAAAUCAGUA